CGGCUCGGCUUGUGGAGAAGCUCGGAAGAUUGACCGGCAGCCCAUGUGGACAGCCUGGGGGGAGUUCGCUCCCACUGAACUAUCCGGGCGAGAAGCAUGGCCCCCCGGGGGAAUAAUUACUUAAAGAGCGUGGCGUGGGCGUGUUCUCCGGAUUCCGGGCCACACGACUUUCUCGACCCUCCCUCGUCCCUCGUCCCUCCUAAGGCAUAAUUGAAACCCCGAGACUUCUUCCCAAGAUGCUGAGCUUAACGACCGCGCUCCUGCUGGCCGCUCCGGCGCUGGCGCUCCCCGCGUCCGAGCUCUUCGAGCGGCAGGCUACCUGCUCCACCGCAUCCAGCUUCGCCGCCGUCAGCAACAAGGGCCUCCCCGACCCGUGGAAGUUCGCCGACGGGAAGGCGGUCACGUCCGCCGAGGAUUGGGCCUGCCGGCAGGCGGAGAUGAGCAAGAUCAUGCAGCAGUACGAGCUCGGUGACUACCCGGGCCCGCCCGACUCGCUCACGGCGACCAUGUCGGGCAACACCAUGAACCUGAACAUCAAGGUCGGCAGCAACACCAAGACCCUCUCGGUGGCCAUCAACAAGCCCAGCGGUGGCGGCGCCACGGGCGGGCCGGCCAUCAUCGGCGUGGGCGGCAUCUCGAUCCCCGUGCCGGCCAACGUGGGCAAGAUCACCUUCGGCAACGACGCCUGCGCGGCGCAAGCCAACACCAACAGCCACGGCACGGGCUGGUUCUUCGAUCUGCACGGCAAGACGCACACGGCCGGUGCGACGUCGGCGUGGGCCUGGUGCGUGGGCCGCAUCAUCGACGGGCUGGAGCAGCUCGGCCCGGAGGCGACGGGCAUCGACACCAAGCGCCUGGGCGUCACGGGGUGCAGCCGCAACGGCAAGGGCGCCUUCAUGGUGGGCGCGCUCGAGAGCCGCAUCGCCCUGACCAUCCCGCAGGAGUCCGGGUCUGGCGGCGCCGCGUGCUGGCGCGUCUCCGACUCAGAGAAGGGCAAGGGCAAGAACAUCCAGACGGCCGGCCAGAUCGUCACCGAGAACGCGUGGUUCUCGCCCAACUUCAACGCCUACGUCAGCAGGACCGACACCAUGCCGGAGGACCACCACUUCCUCGCCGCACUCGUCGCACCGCGCGGCCUGUUUGUUAUCGAGAACGACACCGACUGGCUCGGCCCCGUGUCCACCACCGUCUGCAUGAAAGCCGGUCGCCAGAUCUACAAGGGCCUCGGCGUCGGCCCCAACAUGGGCUUCUCGAUUGUCGGCGGCCACCAACACUGCCAGUUCCCCUCGCAGACCACCGCCAACCUCAACUCGUACAUCAACGAGUUCCUGCUGGGCACCGGCAAGUCCAACGACGUCGAGACGAGCACCUCCCAGGUCAGCAUGACCGAGUGGACCGGCGGUUGGUCCGCCGCGCCGUCUAUCAACCUUGCGGCUUAGAUGGGUUUCGUUUCUUGGAGGUAGGCUUGGAGGGGGAAGCUCCGGGCCGGCUGAUUAGCUGGAAGUUCAUGUCGUUUCCUGUAUUAAACCAACCCAAGAGAUUUGUACAUGUGGGUGAAAUCCUUUGUCAAUAGCUCAGUAGUGAAUUUAUUCUUGCUUGGCUGGCUUUCUAUACUCCCGUGGCUGUCUGGGGAUGUCGGUUAACAUAUCCUCCAUCACUCCCGAUCCCUGCAAUCGGAGAUAGGCUUUAGGAUGCAGCUGGAAUGAUGCCAUCCGUGUUGCAAGCCAUUUGUAUCUCGAAACCAGACAAG